AUGGCGCCCUCACUGGGCGAGUCGCCGCUCAAGCAGGUCAACAAGGCAGGGCAGCCGAAGCGGAGCAAGCUGCAGGCAUCCUGGGACGACCUCGCGACGAACCCACAGCUCUUCGCGACAGACAACUCGCCUCUCCCCACACGCUACUGCAGCGAGUUCUACUGCCUCAGGCCAAACAGGACCGUCCAGAAUGCUGCUCUCGCGGGUAUAUCGGAUGGGGACUUGCUCGGGAAGUACAGGACCAACGUCUCCGAGCUGUUCAUUGGCGGCAUCAAGAUACUGAAGGAUGCUCCGCCUGCCGAUGUCACCCGCUCGAACGCAACCCUGAUACCCUUUCUCCGCCAUGUCUUUGCUCGCAACUUCUCCAACAAGGAGCAGGAUGUCAUGACGGUCUUGGGGGGUGACGCGGAGCGGCAUGACCAGGUCUUUUCGGACAUGGUAUCUGCUCUUGAUGCGACCCUGAGAAACGUCAAGGUGCCAGUCUCCGUCCGACACCGCGUCCUCCAACUCGCCCUCACCCUCGUCGCCUGCGCCAACCAAUCCCCUCUAACCUCCUACUUCUUACGCCGGGACCUCUUCUCGACCCUCGUCGCCUUCAUCGCCGACGACUCGACGAAACAGUUUGCGUUCGAGAGCGCGCUGCUGCUUGGGUUGUUGGCGAACUACAGGAAGAGCGAGGCACGGAAUCCGUACGUCGUGCGGAUACAGGACUUUGUCGAGGAGGGGAUCAUGGAGCGCAUCAUCGAUGUCGUCUCCACCGUCUGCUCUCGCGCUCGAGAUUCAUACGUCUCCAUCUCGGACGAUACCCCACCUUCUCUCGUCGCCAGCCUCUCUUCGUUCGUCAAGAGCCUCCGGAUCACCGAAUUCUUGACGGGCGGGUUCUACCUUCCGCCGCCGCCUUUACCUGCGCCGCUGAAUGGGCAAGGUGGGACGCAGAACGGCGCAGCAGGGAGCGAGGAUGUCAAGGGGAAAGGCAAGGAGGAGGAGGUCGUCGAGGAGAAGCCGGACAACGAAGACGCUCCGAAGGACGAGACAGUGCCGGUCAACGGGUCGGGCGAUGUAAGCGCGUCUGCCUCGUCAUCCGCUUCGCCAACAUCUCCUCGCAAGCCCCCUCCGCCAACAAUCUCCCUUCCCGCUUCCCCGACCAGUCCGACCCGUCCGACGUCUCGUCGCCCACCGCUCUCCCCGCGGUCCUCCUCCACAUCGCUCAAGCUUCGCCCCGAAGACGCGCCCUUCGCAACGAUGCCGCCUGAGAUGGUGGUCGUCCUGCUCGCGUUCUACGAGUUGCUCAAUUCGAACAAGACGUUCUGUUCGCUGGUCUUUGGCGAGCGGGAAGAGGGCGCUCCACCCUCUCUUCCCACCGAACUAAUCUCCCUCACCUCUUACAUCGUCUCCCACGCCUCCGUCACAACUCACCGCGCACGCCUCUACUCCCGACUCUGUCUGAUCAUCCUCCUGAUACUGGUCGAAGAGGGCGAGGCCAAGUUGUCGGUCGCAAGAGCAGAAGGGGAGGAGAUCAGGGUUUGCAGGCAGCGACAACCGAUGCUUCCGCCUAGAGAUCCAGCACGCACGAUACCCCUCUCCGCCAUGAUCGAUACGGUCGUCAUCUUCCUCCGCCACGGUCUGAAGAAGCGCCUCGACGUCGACACCUAUACCAUCGCUCUUCGACUUCUCCAGCGGAUAUUCCAGCAACUCAAGACCGAGAAGCUACGGAUAGCCCGCGACUGGGUCGUCGUCUGGCGCGCGAUGCUCUCGCUGGCGAGCUUUAUCGUGACGCAUAGCGUCGAGCUCAGGCAGAACAGCGGUCGACUCGAUGCCCUCAUCUCGCAGCUCUUCAUCACGCUCUCAUACGCCGCCUACUGGGGCGAGCAGAUCCUCCCGAACUCGGCGGCCCAAGCACGAAUACACUACGAGCUUCUCCACGCCGACGAGACGCUCGACGCUCUCUCCGACCUGCUCGGCAUCUCGUCCGUCGCGACGCCGUCCGUCACGCCUCCAGGCUCUUCGAACGGGUCCAUCUUACCUCCGCUCAAUCGCCGCGAUACGCCCACCCGCUCGACAUUCUUCACCCUCUCGCAGUUCUCGCCCACCAAGUCUUCCUUCCGGAGCAGUUCGUCUCUCGGCGUCGGAACAGGCGGAUCGGGGACAGGCGACGGUUUCGUCGCGACGGAAUGUAUCGCCAACCUGCGCUCGUCCAUCACCUUCUUCUCGAACCACAUCAACGCUCUCCGGCUAACGAAGGGCACGGAAGACGAGCUCGAGCCGGACGAGAUCCUCGGCGUCAUCGAGCGGAACCUGGGCGGAGUCGAGUUGAUCGAGAGUGCGGCGAUGGGCGACUUGGGACGCUUCGCGGGCGAAGAUAUCGCGGCUGGCUUCUUCGAAGAGUUGGUCGGUGUUGCGUGUGAGGAUACCCUUAGGUUGUUAGAUGCUGAGCAGAUCGCGGUCCCUUCGUCGCCUUGA